UGACUGUUAGCUGAAGAAGAAGAAGAGGCUGGCGGGAAGGUGCCAGGAUAUCACACACAACAGAAGUCCAGAGGAUUGUUCAAUUGUCGCAAUGUCCCGCAUCCUGAACGGUAUCGUGGCAGUGUGUCCUGACCUGGGCAUCGGCAAGAGUGGAAACCUGCCCUGGCAUCCAGUCAGACUCAGUAACGAAUUCAAACAUUUCCGAAAGAUGACAGCGACGUCAUCUGUGGAAGGGAAGCAGAAUGUGGUCAUCAUGGGCAGGAAGACGUGGUUUUCCAUCCCAGAGAAGAACAGACCUUUGAAUAACAGGAUCAACAUCGUCCUCAGCAGGGAGCUCAAAGAGCCCCCUGCAGGAGCCCACCACCUGGCUGCAGAUUUCAGCUCAGCUCUCAGGCUGCUUGACACUGAGCUAGCGGACCGGGCUGACCAGGUCUGGGUUAUAGGAGGCAGCUCUCUAUACAAGGAGUUGAUGGAGAGCCCGGGGACUAGGAGACUCUUCGUCACACAAAUCCUGAAGCAGUUUGAGUGUGACACAUUCCUCCCUGAAAUCAGCCUGGACAAAUAUCGUCUACUGCCAGAGUUCCCAGGAGUGCCACAGGAACUGCAGGAGGAGAACGGUAUCCAGUACAGAUUCCAAGUCUACGAGAGCAUCAAGCAAUGAUGUGAAGUAGAAAGUGAAAUCUUUGUGAUUGUGUAAAUGGGUGCCAGAACAAUGUAAAUACAGGACUUGAAGUGAUUUUUUUUUAAAACUAACUUGUACAGUGUGAAGGUGUAAUAACAAGUUGUAUUUUUUUCUCCAGAGUUGAAAUAAAUACUGAUUUCAGACAUAAA